GUGAGGUACUACAUUAUUGCCCCUAGAAACUUCCAAUAUACUUCAAUGAAACCGCAACCUCUUGUAUUGUCAUUGUCUACUUGAACUUAAAGCGAGCCAGUGUCAAUACUGGGACGAACUCAAAAUCGACUUAUUAUUACACGAGCCACCGAGCUGCAGACUCCAUUGAAAAAAACAAAAAAACAAAAAAAACAGAAAACGAGCCGACAUGGCAGCCGUUUUUGGCCACUACAACUUCUGGAACAUAACAAGCGAGCAAGCUUUGGAAGAAGGAUGGCUAAGUCUAAAAAACGUGAGGCCACUUUCGGCAAUCAGUGCUGUUUUAUCGAUUGCGAUGGCACCAGUAAUCAUAUUUGGAAAUAUUCUGGUCUUAAUUGCGGUUUGGAAAGAUCCUCUUAAGAAACUCCGAUCAUCGCCCUCCAACCUUAUUUUGACAUCCAUGGCUAUAGCUGAUCUAUUAGUUGGCUUGGUGGUCUGUCCGAUAACUGCCUAUUGGGGCUGGGUAAUAUCAGCGCGAGGAGAAUCACCACUUGAUCUUUCUGUGAUCUUUGCUCUCAACGUUUUCUCUGUAAACGUGAGUUUUGGCCAUAUGUUCCUUUUAACAGUGGACAGAGUUUUCGCCUUAAUUACGCCACUUCACUAUCGCGCAAGAGUUACAAGUAAAAGAGUGUUUCUCGCCAACUGUGCAUGUUGGAUUUAUUUUAUAGCUUUUGGAAGUACAUUCCUCAUGUGUCGCGAUUUCUUUGCUAUAAUGGGGACCGUCUACAACUUUCAGCUUCUCUUCAUGCUUUUGGGCAUGUUGACGAUGUAUGUUAUGAUCUUAUUCCGCUUUCACCGAUAUUCUAAGGAAAGAGCUGAAAGUCACUCAACCAGAGAUCGUAACAUUAUUAUGAAAAGAGAGAAAGAUCUCUUCAAGGCAAUUUCAGUUGUCGUUUGUGCAUUUCUCCUCUGUUACAUGCCGUGGUUCACUGUUCAAGUGUUGAUCUACUUAUGCAAAGCGUGUCAUCCGCAUCUACCAUUACUGAUGAUUUCUUUCGGAUUUUCAGGAAGUCUGACAUACGCAAACUCGGGUUUAAACCCAUUUUUAUACACGUGGCGCCUUCCAAAGUAUAGAGAAACAAUGAAAUACUUUUGGAAGCAAAUCUUUUUAAAGAAAGGAAAAGAUAACAAGUUAAAAUAUAUAUCUUAAAGCUUCUGUCGAUGAUUUAGUUGUCAGAAGAACAAAGCAUAAAUACACAGAAUAGAGUUGAAUACAAUUAACUAGGGCUUUAUGUCUGCCACAUUUCGAAUAAUCGCCAGAUUUCGACAAGGGAAGGGACCGUGGAGUUUAGUUGAUCGCUUGAUCGAAGUACGAAGUCAGUAUAGCGGAAGAUUUUCCUCAGCCAGACCUGGAGAGUGGUGAACUGUAAGCCGUAAAAAGGCUCAACAAUUUAACUGUGAAAUGUUCAGCAAGCAACCGUGGACGAUAAUCCUACUCUUGUACGUUGGAUCAGAAGG